AUGACGCUGAGGACGUGUGUUGGUUGGUGAUGAAGCUUGAUGGUGUUGUGGUUGAUGAAGCUGAUUGACGUUGUUUGUGGUGGUGAUGAAGCUGAUGACGUUGUGUUGGUGUGUCUAGGUGGUGAGUGCGGACCAUGCAUGCCUGUUGGUUCCCCUCCAGCUAGAAGCCAGUCUGUGGAGACUGAUCCCUGGGGAGGAGACCUCCACACACCACUGCACACUGGUGGUCCGGACGGGUCAACCUGGAGUUCUUCCCUAGAGGACGCAGCUACUGGGACAGGUAAUAACACUGGGACAGGUACACCCUCUACACUGGGACAGGUAAUAACACUGGGACAGGUAAUAACACUGGGACAGGUAAUAACAGUGGGACAGGUAAUAACACUGGGACAGGUUCACCCUCUACACUGGGACAGGUAAUAACACUGGGACAGGUACACCCUCUACACUGGGACAGGUAAUAACACUGGGACAGGUAACCUCUACAACUGGGACAGGUAAUAACACUGGGACAGGUAAUAACACUGGGACAGGUAAUAACCAAUGGGACAGUAAUACAUGGGACAGGUUCACCGCACACUGGGACAGGUAAUAACACGGGGACAGGGGUAACCCUCUAACUGGGACAGGUAAUAAUAAACUGGAAGGUUAAUAAACUGGGAAGGUAAAAAACACUGGAGACAGGUAAUAACACUGGGACAGGUUUCACCCUCUUACACGGGACAGGUAUAACAAUGGGACAGGUACCACCCUCUACACUGGGGGACAGGUAAUAACACUGGGACAGUUAAUACCACUGGGACAGGUAAAUAACACUGGGGACAGGUUAAUAACAUGGGACAGGUUACCCUACACUGGGACAGGUAAUAACACUGGACACACACCCUCUACACUGGGACAGGUAAUAACACUGGGGGCAGGUAAUAACCUGGGACAGGUAAAGUAAAAACUGGGACAGGUUCACCCUCUUACAUGGGACAGGUUAAUAACACUGGGCAGGGUUAAUAACACUGGGAAGUAAGAACACUGGGGACAGGUUCAACCGCCUCUACACUGGGACAGGUGAUAACACUGGGACAGGUAAUAACACGGGGACAGGUUCAACCUCUACACUGGGACAGGUAAUAACACUGGGACAGGUAAUAACACUGGGACAGGUAAUAACACUGGGACAGGUUCACCCUCUACACUGGGACAGGUUCACCCUCUACACUGGGACAGGUUCACCCAAGGUCUAGACCAGGGUAUUUAAAUCUGUCCCCUCCUACAUGAUCAUUAUUCCAUAUUGUCCAGACCGGGGUAUUUAAAUCUGUACCCUCUGCUGAUCAUUUCCUAUUGGCCAGACCAGGGGUAUUUAAAUCUGUCCCCUUACAUGAUCAUUAUCCAUAUUGUCCAGACCAGGGUAUGUAAAUCCUGUUCCCCUCUGCAUGAUCAUAUCCAGAUUGUCCAGACCAGGGGUAUUUAAAUCUGUCCUGUUCUACCUGAUCAUUAUCCAUAUUGUCCAGACCAGGGGUAUUUAAAUCUGUCCCCCUUGCUGAUCAUUAUCCAUAUUUGUCCAGAACCAGGGAGGGGUAUUUAAAACUCUGUCCUGUUCUACCUGAUCAUUACCAUAUUGGCCAGACCAGGGGAGUAUUUAAACUGUCCCCUAUACCUGAUCAUCAUCCCUAUUGUCCAGACCAGGGGUAUUAUUAACUGUCCUGUUUCUACAUGAUAAUUAUCCAUAUUGUCCCAGACCAGGGGUAUUUAAAUCUGGUCCCCUUCUACUGAUCAUAUCCUAUUGUCUCCAGACCCAGGGGUAUUUAAAUUGUCCUGUUAUACUGAUCAUUAUCCAUAUUGUCCAGACCGGGUAUUGAAAAUCUGUUCUGUUAUACCUGAUCAUUAUCCAUUUGUCCAGACCAGGGGCAUUUUAAAUCGUUCCCCUCUGCCUGAUCAUUAUCCAUAUUGUCCAGACCAGGGGUAUUUAAAAAUCUGUCCCCUCUACCUGAUCCUUAUCCAUAUUGUCCAGGACAGGGGUAUUAAUCGCCCUCUACCUGAUCAUUACCCAAUUGUCAGGACCAGGGUAUUUAAAUCUGUCCCCUCUUACUGAUCAUUAUUCCAUAUGGUCCAGACCCGGGUAUUUAAAGUCGGUCCCUCACCUGAUCAUUAUCCAUAUUGUCCAGCAGGGGUAUUAAAUCGUCCCCUCUGCUGAUAUUAUGUCCAGACCAGGGGUAUUUAAUCUGUCCUGUUCUACCUGAUCAUUAUCCAUAUUGGCCAGACCAGGGGGUAUUUAAAUCUGUCCUGUUCUACCUGAUCAUUAUCCCAUAUUGUCCAGACCAGGGGUAAUUUAAUCUGUCCUGUUCUACCUGAUCAUUAUCCUAUUGUCCAAGACCAGGGGUAUUUAAAUCUGUCCUGUUCUACCUGAUCAUUAUCCAUAUGUCCAGACCAGGGGUAUAUUUAAAUCUGUCCCCUCUACUGAUCAUUAUCCAUUAUUUCAGACCAGGGGUAUUUAAAUUGUUCAUGUUCUACCUGAUCAUUAUCCAUAUUUCCCAGAACCAGGGGUUAUUUAAAUCUGUCCUGUUCUACUGAUAUAUCCAUUUGUCCAGCCAGGGGUGGUAUUUAAAUCUGUCCCCUCUAUGCCUGAUUCAUUAUCCAUAUUGUCCAGACCAGGGGUUAUUUAAAUCUGGUCCCCUUACCUGCCAUUAUCCAUAUGUCAGACCAGGGGGUAUUUAAUCUGUACCUAUACCUGAAUCAUUAUACUAUUGUUCCGGACCAGGGGUAUUAAAUCUGGUCCCCUCUACCUGAUCAGUAUUCCAAUUGCGACCAGGGUAUUUUAAAUCUGUCACCUCUACUGAUCAUUAUCCAUAUGUACAGACCAGGGGUUAUUUAAAUCGUCUGUUCUACCUGAUAUUAUCCAUAUUGUCCAGACCAGGGUAUUUAAAUCUGUCCUGUUCAAAUGAUCUUAUCCAUAUUGUCCGACAAGGGGGUAUUUAAAUCUGUCCUGGUCUACCUGAUCAUUAUCCAUAUUGAUCCAGACCAGGGGUAUUAAAAUAUGGUACUCUCUAUCUGAUCAUAUACAUAUUGUCAGACCAGGUGGUAUUUAAAAUCUUGUCUGUUUACCUGAAUCAUUAUACCAUAUUGGGUCCGGGACCAGGGGUAUUUAAAAUCUGUUCCCCUCUACCUGAUCAAUCCAAUGAUCCAGACAAGGGUAUUAAACUGGUCCCCUCUACCUGAUCAUUAUCCAUAUUGUCACAGACCAGGGGGUAUUAAAUCGGUCCCUCUACCUGAUCAUUAUUCCAUAUGUACGACCAGGGGUAUUUAAAUCUUGUCUCUCUACUGAUUCAUUAUCAUAUUGUCCAGACCCAGGGGUUAUUUAAAUCUGUCCCCUCUGCCUGAUCAUUAUCCAUAUUGUCCAGACCAGGGGUAUUUAAAUCUGUCCCCUCUACCUGAUCAUUAUCCAUAUUGUCCAGACCAGGGGUAUUUAAAUCUGUCCUCUCUACCUGAUCAUUAUCCAUAUUGUCCAGACCAGGGGUAUUUAAAUCUGUCCUCUUCUACCUGAUCAUUAUCCAUAUUGUCCAGACCAGGGGUAUUUAAAUCUGUCCCUCUACUGAAUUAUCCAUAUGGUCCAGACAGGGGUAUUUAAAUCUGUCCUGUUCUACUGAUCAUUAUCCAUAUUGUCCAGACCAGGGGUAUUUAAAUCUGUCCUGUUCUACCUGAUCAUUAUCCAUAUUGUCCAGACCAGGGGUAUUUAAAUCUGUCCUGUUCUGCCUGAUCAUUAUCCAUAUUGUCCAGACCAGGGGUAUUUAAAUCUGUCCUGUUCUGCCUGAUCAUUAUCCAUAUUGUCCAGACCAGGGGUAUUUAAAUCUGUCCCCUCUACCUGAUCAUUAUCCAUAUUGUCCAGACCAGGGGUAUUUAAAUCUGUCCCUUUCUAACAUGAUUCAUUAUCCAUAUUGUCCACAAGACCAGGGGUGUUUAAAUCUGUCCCCUUACCUGAUCAUUAUCCAUAUUGUCCCAGACCAGGGGUAUUUAACUUGUCCUGUGCUACCUGAUCAUUAUUCCAUAUUGUCCAGACCAGGGGUUAUUUAAAUCUGUCCGUUCUACUGAUCAUAUCCAUAUUGUCCAGACCAGGGUAUUUAACUCUGUCUGUUCUACCUGACAUUAUCCAUAUUGUCCAGACCAGGGGUAUUUAAAUCUGUCCUGUCUACCUGAUCAUAUCCAUAUUGUCCAGGACCAGGGGUAUUUAAAUCGGUCCCUCUGCCUGAUCAUAUCCAUAUUGUCCAGACCAGGGGUGAUUUAAAUCUGUCCUGUUUACCUGAUCAUUAUCCAUAUUGUUCCAGACCAGGGGUAUUUAAAUCUGUCCCCCCUCUACCUGAUUUCAUUAUACAUAGUUAAGACAAGGGGUAUUUAAAUAUGGACUGUUCUACAUAUCAUUAUCCAUAUUGUCCAACCCAGGGGUAUUAAAUCUGUCCUGUUUACCUGAUCAUUAUUCCAUAUUAUCCAGACCAAGGGUAUUGAAAUCUGUCCCCUCUACCUGAUCAUUAUCCAUAGUGUCCAGGACCAGGGGUAUUUAAAAUCUGUCCCCUCUACCUGAUCAUUUUCCAUAUUGUCCAGACCAGGGGUAUUGAACUCUUGUCCUGUUCUACCUGAUCAGUAUCCAAUUGCCAGACAGGGGUAUUUAAACUGUCCUGUUCUACCUGUCAUUAUCCAUAUUGUCCAGACCAGGGGAUUUAAAUCUGGUCCUGUUCACUGAUCCUUAUCCAUAUUGUCCGACACGGGAUUUUAAAUCUGUUCCUUUCUACCUGAUCAUUAAUCCUAUUGUCUAGAACCAGGGGAUUUAAAUUAUGUCCCCUCUCCUGAUCAUUACCAUUAAUUGUCCAGACCAGGGGUAUUUAUAAACUGUCCCUCUACCGGAAUCAGUAUCCAUAUUGUCCAGACCAGGGUAGUUAAAUUCUGUCCCCUCUACUGAUCAUUAUCCAUAUUGUCAGACCAGGGGUAUUAAAUAUGUACCCUCUACCUGAUCAUUAUCCAUAUUGUCCGACCAGGGGUAUUUAAAUCUGUCCCCUCUACCUGAUCAUUUGUCCAGCAAGGGGUAUUUAAAUCUGUCGGUUCUACCGGAUUCAGCUCCCUAGUGUCCAGACCAGGGUAUUUAACUUGUCCUGUUACUGCCUGAUAAUUAUCAUAUUGUCCAGACCCAGGGGUUAUUAACUCUGUCCUGUCUGCCUGAUCAUUAUCCCAUAAUUGGUCCAGACCAGGGGUAUUUAAAUCUAGUCAGUUCUGCCUGAUCAUUAAUUCCAUAUUGUCCAGACCAGGGGUAUUUAAAUCUGUCCUGUUCUGCCGAUAAUUAUCAUUUGUCCAGACAAGGCGGUAUUAAAUCUGUCCUGUUCUUACCUGAUCAUUAUCCAUUAUUGUCCAGACCAGGGGAUUUUAUUUAAAUCGUUCCUGUUCUGCUGAUCCUUAUCAUAUUGUCAGACAGGGUUAUUUAAAUCGGUCCUGUUCUGCCUGAUUCAGUAUCCAAUAUUCCAGACCAGGGGUAUUUAAAUCUGUCCUGUUUCUGCCUGAUCAUUAUCCAAUGUCCAGACCAGGGGUAUUGUAAAUCUGUCCAUCUACUGAUCAUUAUCCAUAUGGUCCCAGACCAGGGGUAUUGAAAUAUGUCCUGUCCUGCCUGGUGUCCCAGGUCUAAAUCUGUCCUGUCCUGCCUGGUGUCCCAGGUCUAAAUCAGUCCUGUACUGCCUGGUGUCCCAGGUCUAAAUCUGUCCUGUCCUGCCUGGUGUCCCAGGUCUAAAUCUGUCCUGUCCUGCCUGGUGUCCCAGGUCUAAAUCUGUCCUGGUCCGCCUGGUGUCCCAGGUCUAAAUCUGUCCUGCCUGGUGUCCCAGGUCUAAAUCUGUCCUGUUCUGCCUGGGCCAGCUAAUCAGUCUUGUCCUGCCUGGUUGUCAAAGGUCAUAAAUCUGUCCUGUCCUGCCUGGGUCCAAGGUCUAAUCGGUCGGGCCUGCCUGGUGUCCCAGGUCUAAAUCAGUCCUGUCCUGCCUGGUGUCCCAGGUCUAAAUCAGUCCCUGAUUAGAGGGGAACAGUGGAAGAAAGCGACUUGGAGGUUCCAGAUUUGAAUGUGAAGGGAUCUCUAGAUUUCUGGCCCAGCUAGUAAUUGUCAGUCUGUGUGUCUCUCUAGGAGGUGGUGAGCAUGCUCAGUAAGGCUGUCUCUCUCUCCUCCUCUAGGUUCCUAGUGGGAGGGUAUCUAUCGUGCAGGGGGUGAGGUGAUGGUGAGCAUGCUCAGUAAGGCUGUCUCUCCUCCUCUAGGUUCCUAGUGGGAGGGUAUCUAUCGUUGCAAGGGUGAUGUUGAGCAUGAUCCGUUAAGGCUGUUCUAUCUCCUCUAUAGGCUACUAGUGGAGGGUACUAUCGGCAGGGUGAUGGUGAGCAUGCUAGUAAGGCUGCUAUCUCCUCUCUAGGUUCCUAGUGGGAGGGUAUCUAUCGUGCAGGGUGAUGGUGAGCAUGCUCAGUAAGGCUGUCUCUCUCCUCCUCUAGGUUCCUAGUGGGAGGGUAUCUAUCGUGCAGGGUGAUGGUGAGCAUGCUCAGUAAGGCUGUCUCUCUCCUCCUCUAGGUCCUAGUGGGAGGGUAUCUAUCGUGCAGGGUGAUGGUGAGCAUGCUCAGUAAGGCUGUCUCUCUCCUCCUCUAGGUUUCCUAGUGGGAGGGUAUCUAUCGUGCAGGGUGAUGGUGAGCAUGCUCAGUAAGGCGUUCUCUCUCCUCCUCUAGGUUCCUAGUGGGAGGGUAUCUAUCGUGCAGGGUGAUGGUGAGCAUGCUCAGUAAGGCUGUCUCUCUCCUCCUCUAGGUUCCUAGUGGGAGGGUAUCUAUCGUGCAGGGUGAUGGUGAGCAUGCUCAGUAAGGCUGUCUCUCUCUCCUCCUCUAGGUUCCUAGUGGGAGGGUAUCUAUCGUGCAGGGUGAUGGUGAGCUAUGCUCAGUAAGGGCUGUCUCUCUCUCCUCUCUAGGUUCCUAGUGGGAGGGUAUCUAUGUUGGCAGGGUGUGAUGAGCAUGCUCAGUAAGGCGUCUCUCUUCCUCCGCUAGGUCCUAGGGAGGUAUUAUCGUGCAGGGUGAUGGUGAGCAGUCAGUAAGGGCGGUAUCUCUUCGCCUCUAGGUCUCCUAGUGGGAGGGUAUCUUAUCGGGCAGGGUGAUGGUGAGCAUGCCUCAGUAAGGAUGUCUCUCUCUCUCUCUAGGUUCUAGUGGAGAGGGGAUUAUAGGCAGGAUGAUGGGUGAGCAUGCCGCAGUAAGGUGUCUCUCUCCUCCUCUAGGUUCUAGUGGGAGGGUAUGUAUCUAUCGUGCAGGGUGAUGAGUGAGCAUGCUCAGUAAGGCUGUCCUUCUCCUCUAUAGGUUCAUAGUGGUGCGGGUAUCUAUCGUGCAGGGUGAUGGUGAGCAUGCUUCGUAAGGCUGGUCUCUCUCUCCUCCCUCAGGUUCUAGUGGGAGGUAUCUAUCGUGCAGGGUGAUGGUGAGCAUGCUCAGUAAGGCUGUCUCUCUCUCCUCCUCUAGGUUCCUAGUGGGAGGGUAUCUAUCGUGCAGGGUGAUGGUGAGCAGCUCAGUAAGGAUGUCCUCUCUCCUCUAGGUUCCUAGUGGGAGGGUAUCUAUCGUGCAGGGUGAUGGUGAGCAUGCUCAGUAAGGCUGUCUCUCUCUCCUCCUCUAGGUUCCUAGUGGGAGGGUAUCUAUCGUGCAGGGUGAUGGUGAGCAUGCUCAGUAAGGCUGUCUCUCUCUCCUCUAGGUUCCUAGUGGGAGGGUAUCUAUCGUGCAGGGUGAUGGUGAGCAUGCUCAGUAAGGCUGUCUCUCUCUCCUCCUCUAGGUUCCUAGUGGGAGGGUAUCUAUCGUGCAGGGUGAUGGUGAGCAUAAUCAGUAAGGCUGUCUCUCUCUCCUCCUCUAGGUUCCUAGUGGGAGGGUAUCUAUCGUGCAGGGUGGAUGGUGAGCAUGACCUCAGUAAGGGCUGUCUCUCUUCCUCCUCUCGGUUCCUAGUGGGAGGGUAAUCUAUCGUGCAGGGUGAUGGUGAGCAUGCUUCAGUAAGGCGGUCUCUCUCUCCUCCUUUAGGUUCCUAUUGGGAGGUAUCUAUCGUUUGCAGGGUGAUGGUGAGCAUGCUCAGUAAGGCUGUCUCUCUCUCCUCCUCUAGGUUCCUAGUGGGAGGGUAUCUAUCGUGCAGCGGUUGAUGGUGAGCAUGCUCAGUAAGGCUGUCUCUCUCUCCUCCUCUAGGUUCCUAGUGGGAGGGUAUCUAUCGUGCAGGGCGAUGGUGAGCAUGCUCAGUAAGGCUGUGAUGGAAACCAUGAACUGGCCGUCCCUCUCCUCUUCUCUUGACUGUCGGGUCCGGCCUGUCCUCGGGGGGGAUGAACUGAAACUGGAGAUACGGUAUCUCACACAUUUACCCCGUUCAGCAGACGCUCUUAUCCAGAGAGACUUCCAGUUAGUGUCUUCAUCUUGAGAUAUCUAGGUUGGGACAGUCACAUAUCUCAGUAGUUAGUGUCUUCAUCUUGAGAUAUCUAGGUUGGGACAGUCACAUAUCUCAGUAGUUAGUGUCUUCAUCUUGAGAUAUCUAGGUUGGGACAGUCACAUAUCUCAGUAGUUAGUGUCUUCAUCUUGAGAUAUCUAGGUUGGGAUAGUCACAUAUCUCAGUAGUUAGUACAGUGGGGAAAAAAGUAUUUAGUCAGCCACCAAUUGUGCAAGUUCUCCCACUUAAAAAGAUGAGAGAGGCCUGUAAAUUUUCAUCAUAGGUACACGUCAACUAUGACAGACAAAUUGAGGGAAAAAAAUCCAGAAAAUCACAUUGUAGGAUUUUUAAUGAAUUUAUUUGCAAAUUAUGGUGGAAAAUAAGUAUUUGGUCAAUAACAAAAGUUUCUCAAUACUUUGUUAUAUAUCCUUUGUUGGCAAUGACACAGGUCAAACGUUUUCUGUAAGUCUUCACAAGGUUUUCACACACUGUUGCUGGUAUUUUGGCCCAUUCCUCCAUGCAGAUCUCCUCUAGAGCAGUGAUGUUUUGGGGCUGUCGCUGGGCAACACGGACUUUCAACUCCCUCCAAUCUCCUCUAGAGCAGUUUACUGUGAACACUGAGGCUGAACCUGCUUUAGGUUCCAGUUUUAACAGUGGCCCAGUAGGCUACUGUGGCUAUUUGAUCAUAAUGUAGGCCUACCAGAGUGGCCUACCAUCAAAAAACUAUGGAGAAAAUGCAUCCCAUAACAUUUUAACAUGGAAAUAGCUGUUCUAUCAUUCAGCCUACAGUAGCAGCCAAUGUGUGGUGUUCAAUGUCGGCUUCCAUGAGACGUCUGAAGAAAAACAUGCAGGGCUUGGCAUGAACCUGUUUAUCCACUGGUCCUUCAGACAAGGAGGAGGGAACUGAAAAUGUGUUGUUUGAUGCAAGAAACCACUUUACAAAAUAAAAAUGCAUUAUUAUUCCCAUACCAUUAUUACAGAGAAUCAGACAAAUUAUGCUACUUAGCUUAUUCAAGCCUGUCUCAAAAUACAACACUGCCCCUUUAAGACAUAAAAAAAAAGCUCUUUACCCGACUGGCUUUUCAAAGAUGUCACGUUCUGUUCUCUUGUAGGAAGCAACCACUCCCCUAUUGCAGACUACAGAUGAUCUACAGCGGCUUGCGAAAUUAUUCACACCCCCCUUGGUAUUUUUCCUAUUUUGUUGCCUUACAACCUGGAAUUAAAAUGAUUUUUUGGGGGGGGUUUGUAUAAUUUGAUUUACACAACAUGCCUACCACUUUGAAGAUGCAAAAUAAAAAAAAUUGUGAAACAAACAUGAAAUAAGACAAAAAAACAGAAAACUUGAGCGUGCAUAACUAUUCACCCCCCCCCCCAAAGUCAAUAAUUUGUAGAGCCACCUUUUGCAGCAAUUACAGCUGCAAGUCUCUUGGAGUAUGUCUCUAUAAGCUUGGCACAUCUAGCCACUGGGAUUUUUGCCCAUUCUUCAAGGCAAAACUGCUCCAGCUCCUUCAACUUGGAUGGGUUCCGCUGGUGUACAGCAAUCUUUAAGUCAUACCACAGAUUCACAAUUAGAUUGAGGUCUGGGCUUUGACUAGGCCAUUCCAAGACAUUUUAAAUGUUUCCCCUUAAACCACUCGAGUGUUGCUUUAACAGUAUGCUUAGGGUCAUUGUCCUACUGGAAGGUGAACCUCGGUCCCAGUCUCAAAUCUCUGGAAGACUGAAACAGGUUUCCCUCAAGAAUUUCCCUGUAUUUAGCGCCAUCCGUCAUUCCUUCAAUCCUGACCAGUUUCCCAGUCCCUGCCGAUGAAAAACAUCCCCACAGCAUGAUGCUGCCACCACCAUGCUUCACUGUGGGGAUGGUGUUCUCGGGGUGAUGAGAGGUGUUGGGUUUGCGCCAGAAAUAGCGUUUUCCUUGAUGGCCAAAAAGCUCAAUUUUAGUCUCAUCUGAUCAGAGUACCUUCUUCCAUAUGUUUUGGGAGUCUCCCACAUGCCUUUUGGCGAACAACAAACGUGUUUGCUUAUUUUUUCCUUUAAGCAAUGGCUUUUUUCUGGCCACUCUUCCGUAAAGCUCAGCUCUGUGGAGUGUACGGCUUAAAGUGGUCCUAUGGACAGAUACUCCAAUCUCCGCUGUGGAGCUUUGCAGCUCCUUCAGGGUUAUCUUUGGUCUCUUUGUUGCCUCUCUGAUUAAUGCCCUCCUUGCCUGGUCUGUGAGUUUUGAUGGGCGUCCCUCUCUUGGCAGGUUUGUUGUGGUGCCAUAUUCUUUCAAUUUUUUAAUAAUGGAUUUAAUGGUGCUCUGUGGGAUGUUCAAAGUUUCGGAUAUUUUUUUAUAACCCAACCCUGAUCUGUACUUCUCCACAACUUUGUCCCUGACCUGUUUGGAGAGCUCCUUGGUCUUCAUGGUACCCCUUGCUUAGUGGUGUUGCAGACUCUGGGGCCUUUCAGAACAGGUGUAUAUAUACUGAGAUCAUGUGACACUUAGAUUGCACACAGGUGGACUUUAUUUAACUAAUUGUGUGACUUAUGAAGGUAAUUGGUUGCACCAGAUCUUAUUUAGGGGUUUCAUAGCAAAGGGGGUGAAUACAUAUGCACGCACCACUUUUCCGUUAUUUACUUUAGAGAUUUUUUUGAAACAAGUUAUUUUUUAAAUUUCACUUCACCAAUUUGGACUAUUUUGUGUAUGUCCAUUACAUGAAAUCCAAAUAAAAAUCCAUUUAAAUUACAGGUUGUAUGUAAUGCAACAAAAUAGGAAAAACGCCAAGGGGGAUGAAUACUUUUGCAAGGCACUGUAUAACUGGGCUAAUAACUCGCUAACUAGCAAAGGAUAUUAACAUGGCUACAUGUAGCUCUCUCUUAGAUGAUAUUUAUUCUGCACGGCAGUCCUGGGGAGCUGCACACCCACACAGCUUAGAUUAUAUUUAUUCUGCACGGCAGUCCUGGGGAGCUGCACACCCACACAGUUUAGAUUAUAUUUAUUCUGCACGGCAGUCCUGGGGAGCUGCACACCCACACAUCUUAGAUUAUAUUUAUUCUGCACGGCAGUCCUGGGGAGCUGCACACCCACACAGCUUAGAUUAUAUUUAUUCUGCACGGCAGUCCUGGGGAGCUGCACACCCACACAGCUUAGAUUAUAUUUAUUCUGCAUGGCAGUCCUGGGGAGCUGCACACCCACACAGCUUAGAUUAUAUUUAUUCUGCACGGCAGUCCUGGGGAGCUGCACACCCACACAGCUUAGAUUAUAUUUAUUCUGCACGGCAGUCCUGGGGAGCUGCACACCCACACAGCUUAGAUUAUAUUUAUUCUGCAUGGCAGUCCUGGGGAGCUGCACACCCACACAGCUUAGAUUAUAUUUAUUCUGCACGGCAGUCCUGGGGAGCUGCACACCCACACAGCUUAGAUUAUAUUUAUUCUGCACGGCAGUCCUGGGGAGCUGCACACCCACACAGCUUAGAUUAUAUUUAUUCUGCACGGCAGUCCUGAGGAGCUGCACACCCACACAGCUUAGAUUAUAUUUAUUCUGCAGGGCAGUCCUGGGGAGCUGCACACCCACACAGCUUAGAUUAUAUUUAUUCUGCACGGCAGUCCUGGGGAGCUGCACACCCACACAGCUUAGAUUAUAUUUAUUCUGCACGGCAGUCCUGGGGAGCUGCACACCCACACAGCUUAGAUUAUAUUUAUUCUGCACGGCAGUCCUGGGGAGCUGCACACCCACACAGCUUAGAUUAUAUUUAUUCUGCACGGCAGUCCUGGGGAGCUGCACACCCACACAGUUUAGAUUAUAUUUAUUCUGCACGGCAGUCCUGGGGAGCUGCACACCCACACAGCUUAGAUUAUAUUUAUUCUGCACGGCAGUCCUGAGGAGCUGCACACCCACACAGCUUAGAUUAUAUUUAUUCUGCAUGGCAGUCCUGGGGAGCUGAAACACCCACACAGCUUAGAUUAUAUUUAUUCUGCAUGGCAGUCCUGAGGAGCUGCACACCCACACAGCUUAGAUUAUAUUUAUUCUGCACGGCAGUCCUGGGGAGCUGCACACCCACACAUCUUAGAUUAUAUUUAUUCUGCAUGGCAGUCCUGGGGAGCUGCACACCCACACAGCUUAGAUUAUAUUUAUUCUGCACGGCAGUCCUGGGGAGCUGCACACCCACACAGCUUAGAUUAUAUUUAUUCUGCACGGCAGUCCUGAGGAGCUGCACACCCACACAGCUUAGAUUAUAUUUAUUCUGCAGGGCAGUCCUGGGGAGCUGCACACCCACACAGCUUAGAUUAUAUUUAUUCUGCACGGCAGUCCUGGGGAGCUGCACACCCACACAGCUUAGAUUAUAUUUAUUCUGCACGGCAGUCCUGGGGAGCUGCACACCCACACAGCUUAGAUUAUAUUUAUUCUGCACGGCAGUCCUGGGGAGCUGCACACCCACACAGCUUAGAUUAUAUUUAUUCUGCACGGCAGUCCUGGGGAGCUGCACACCCACACAGCUUAGAUUAUAUUUAUUCUGCACGGCAGUCCUGAGGAGCUGCACACCCACACAGCUUAGAUUAUAUUUAUUCUGCAGGGCAGUCCUGGGGAGCUGCACACCCACACAGCUUAGAUUAUAUUUAUUCUGCACGGCAGUCCUGGGGAGCUGCACACCCACACAGCUUAGAUUAUAUUUAUUCUGCACGGCAGUCCUGGGGAGCUGCACACCCACACAGCUUAGAUUAUAUUUAUUCUGCACGGCAGUCCUGGGGAGCUGCACACCCACACAGCUUAGAUUAUAUUUAUUCUGCACGGCAGUCCUGGGGAGCUGCACACCCACACAGUUUAGAUUAUAUUUAUUCUGCACGGCAGUCCUGGGGAGCUGCACACCCACACAGCUUAGAUUAUAUUUAUUCUGCACGGCAGUCCUGAGGAGCUGCACACCCACACAGCUUAGAUUAUAUUUAUUCUGCAUGGCAGUCCUGGGGAGCUGAAACACCCACACAGCUUAGAUUAUAUUUAUUCUGCAUGGCAGUCCUGAGGAGCUGCACACCCACACAGCUUAGAUUAUAUUUAUUCUGCACGGCAGUCCUGGGGAGCUGCACACCCACACAUCUUAGAUUAUAUUUAUUCUGCAUGGCAGUCCUGGGGAGCUGCACACCCACACAGCUUAGAUUAUAUUUAUUCUGCACGGCAGUCCUGGGGAGCUGCACACCCACACAGCUUAGAUUAUAUUUAUUCUGCACGGCAGUCCUGAGGAGCUGCACACCCACACAGCUUAGAUUAUAUUUAUUCUGCAGGGCAGUCCUGGGGAGCUGCACACCCACACAGCUUAGAUUAUAUUUAUUCUGCACGGCAGUCCUGGGGAGCUGCACACCCACACAGCUUAGAUUAUAUUUAUUCUGCACGGCAGUCCUGGGGAGCUGCACACCCACACAGCUUAGAUUAUAUUUAUUCUGCACGGCAGUCCUGGGGAGCUGCACACCCACACAGCUUAGAUUAUAUUUAUUCUGCACGGCAGUCCUGGGGAGCUGCACACCCACACAGUUUAGAUUAUAUUUAUUCUGCACGGCAGUCCUGGGGAGCUGCACACCCACACAGCUUAGAUUAUAUUUAUUCUGCACGGCAGUCCUGAGGAGCUGCACACCCACACAGCUUAGAUUAUAUUUAUUCUGCAUGGCAGUCCUGGGGAGCUGAAACACCCACACAGCUUAGAUUAUAUUUAUUCUGCAUGGCAGUCCUGAGGAGCUGCACACCCACACAGCUUAGAUUAUAUUUAUUCUGCACGGCAGUCCUGGGGAGCUGCACACCCACACAUCUUAGAUUAUAUUUAUUCUGCAUGGCAGUCCUGGGGAGCUGCACACCCACACAGCUUAGAUUAUAUUUAUUCUGCACGGCAGUCCUGGGGAGCUGCACACCCACACAGCUUAGAUUAUAUUUAUUCUGCACGGCAGUCCUGGGGAGCUGCACACCCACACAGCUUAGAUUAUAUUUAUUCUGCACGGCAGUCCUGGGGAGCUGCACACCCACACAGCUUAGAUUAUAUUUAUUCUGCACGGCAGUCCUGAGGAGCUGCACACCCACACAGCUUAGAUUAUAUUUAUUCUGCAUGGCAGUCCUGGGGAGCUGCACACCCACACAGCUUAGAUUAUAUUUAUUCUGCACGGCAGUCCUGGGGAGCUGCACACCCACACAGCUUAGAUUAUAUUUAUUCUGCAUGGCAGUCCUGGGGAGCUGCACACCCACACAGUUUAGAUUAUAUUUAUUCUGCACGGCAGUCCUGGGGAGCUGCACACCCACACAGCUUAGAUUAUAUUUAUUCUGCAUGGCAGUCCUGGGGAGCUGCACACCCACACAGCUUAGAUUAUAUUUAUUCUGCACGGCAGUCCUGGGGAGCUGCACACCCACACAGCUUAGAUUAUAUUUAUUCUGCAUGGCAGUCCUGAGGAGCUGCACACCCACACAGCUUAGAUUAUAUUUAUUCUGCAUGGCAGUCCUGGGGAGCUGCACACCCACACAGCUUAGAUUAUAUUUAUUCUGCAUGGCAGUCCUGGGGAGCUGCACACCCACACAGCUUAGAUUAUAUUUAUUCUGCACGGCAGUCCUGGGGAGCUGCACACCCACACAGCUUAGAUUAUAUUUAUUCUGCAUGGCAGUCCUGGGGAGCUGCACACCCACACAUCUUAGAUUAUAUUUAUUCUGCAUGGCAGUCCUGGGGAGCUGCACACCCACACAGCUUAGAUUAUAUUUAUUCUGCAUGGCAGUCCUGGGGAGCUGCACACCCACACAGCUUAGAUUAUAUUUAUUCUGCACGGCAGUCCUGGGGAGCCGCACACCCACACAGCUUAGAUUAUAUUUAUUCUGCACGGCAGUCCUGGGGAGCUGCACACCCACACAGCUUAGAUUAUAUUUAUUCUGCAGGGCAGUCCUGGGGAGCUGCACACCCACACAGUUUAGAUUAUAUUUAUUCUGGACGGCAGUCCUGGGGAGCUGCACACCCACACAGCUUAGAUUAUAUUUAUUCUGCACGGCAGUCCUGAGGAGCUGCACACCCACACAGCUUAGAUUAUAUUUAUUCUGCAUGGCAGUCCUGGGGAGCUGCACACCCACUCAGCUUAGAUUAUAUUUAUUCUGCAUGGCAGUCCUGGGGAGCUGCACACCCACACAGCUUAGAUUAUAUUUAUUCUGCAGGGCAGUCCUGGGGAGCUGCACACCCACACAGCUUAGAUUAUAUUUAUUCUGCACGGCAGUCCUGAGGAGCUGCACACCCACACAGCUUAGAUUAUAUUUAUUCUGCAUGGCAGUCCUGGGGAGCUGCACACCCACACAGCUUAGAUUAUAUUUAUUCUGCACGGCAGUCCUGGGGAGCUGCACACCCACACAGCUUAGAUUAUAUUUAUUCUGCACGGCAGUCCUGAGGAGCUGCACACCCACACAGCUUAGAUUAUAUUUAUUCUGCAUGGCAGUCCUGGGGAGCUGCACACCCACACAGCUUAGAUUAUAUUUAUUCUGCAUGGCAGUCCUGGGGAGCUGCACACCCACACAGCUUAGAUUAUAUUUAUUCUGCAUGGCAGUCCUGGGGAGCUGCACACCCACACAGCUUAGAGGGAACAUUGGUCAGUGCUUUGACGUGGGACGACAUCUCCAUAGACCUGAGGGUUAGGAUUAAAGGUCAGGGUUAAAGGUCAGGGUUAAGGUUAAUGUGUAUAUCUGUCUCUCCAGACCUGAGGGUUAGGGUUAAAGGUCAGGGUUAAUGUGUAUAUCUGUCUCUCCAGAUCUGAGCGUGGUGACCCCCUGUUCAUCUCCAUGAUCCUGACAGCUAGGGUUAAAGGUCAGGGUUAAUACAUGACUGAUGUCUCACUGCGUUAGUUAGGGUUAGGGGUUAAAGGUCAGGGUUUAGGGUUAAUACAUAACUGAUAUGUCUCUCUCUGUGUGUCUCCAGACCAGAGCGAGGUGAUUCUCUCUUCAUCUCCAUGGUGCCGGUGCUGAGGGAGGCAGACGUGGUCCUGACUGCCCAGGUAGAGUUAACCCAACCCUGGGAUAGUGCCUGGCACCUCUCCCUCUACCCCUGGGAGACCCAGCGCCUGGCCCAGCUUGACUCAGCGGACCAGGGGGUCCGACGUACCCUCCUCAAAACCCUCAAAGCCGUCUGUCGACACUGUCCCGCCCUGCGACCCCUCACCGCCGCGCCGCUGGCCAACCUCAUCCUCCACCUCGGGGACAAGGACCUGGAUUGGUCGGAGGAGUGUCUGAGUGGGCGGUUCCAGCAGUGUGUGUGGGAGCUGAUAGGCUAUCUGGAGCAAGGGGUGUUGCCCAGCUACUUCAAGCCCGGCGCGAACACGUUGAACGGACUGACGGAGGAGGAGAUCGACCAGAUGGGGUUUACGUUGUACUGCGCUGUCUCUGAACCGGAGAUUCUGCUCAUAUAG